AUGGAUCGACAGGUGACGAGUCUGAUAGACUUACAAAGCCCCAGCGAAUUAACGGCCGCGCAAGUACCUCCACUACACCAAAAACAACAGCAGCAGCAGCGCCCACGACGAGCGGCUACACGUGGCGAGCGGUCGUGCGACACCUGCCGCCGACGAAAGCUCAGAUGCGUGCGCGAACCCGAGCAAGAGCGUCCCGGUAAAAAGAGGCGGUCCAAACAGCUCGAAGUAGAAAAGGCAGCCACUGUCGGCAGCCACAGAGACGAUACCGACGACGACGACGCCGGCCGGGCCCGCCUCAGCCUCACGCUCGGUCUGCAUCCGACGACGCACUUCAAGUACAUUGGCCCCGGCUCGCUACAUGAGGACAUGCUGCUCGACUUCAUCGACCCGUCGUUUCGCUACCACAACGACUCGGACGCCUCCAAGUUCUGCCGUGUCGCCGAAGGUGUGACGUUCUUGGCGCGUCUCGACAGUGCGGGCGGCGGAGAAAGUGAAAAUAGUGAUGCCGAAGCCGUCGAGCGGUUGGUGCGGCCGCACGGACCCGGGUUGGUGGAUCUGUACUUUCGCAUCGUGCACCCGAGCUACCCGAUCCUGCACAAGGGCGUGUUCCUGGAGCGGUACCGGCGCAUGGAUCGAGCGACCUUCCUGCCGGCGCCGUUGCUGGCGGCCGUGUACCUGCUGGCGAUGGACUGGUGGGAGUACGACCAGGCACCGCUGGUGGGCCCGGUUCCCCAGCUGAGUCUGACCAAGACAGGCAGCAACAACAACAACAUGUCUAAGCCUGACGGUGAUGCCUUGGCACGAAUCGCGUCGCGUGCAUUAAUGGCCGAAGUUGUACACCGGCCAAAGCUGUCGACGGUCCAGGCUUGCCUCCUACUACUACAGCGAGCUCCGUCAUCGGACCACACUGGUAACAGCGGCGACUCAUGGGUGUUGACAAGCCAGCUGGUGGCCGUGGCCGAGGAGCUGGGCCUGCACGUGGACUGCGGCUUCUGGAACAUCCCAGCGUGGGAAAAGGGGUUGCGGCGGCGGCUGGCGUGGGCGGCUCUGAUGCAAGAUAAGUGGAGCUCGCUGAUCUACGGGCGGCCGUCGCAUGUGCAAGCAUCACACUGGCGGAUCCCGCCGCUGACCAUAGUCGAUUUUUGGGGCGACAACGAUACCGAUGACAGCGACGGGACUAACGACAGCACCGAGGUCGACAAGGGCCGCCUGUUGUUCAUCCACUUGGCGCGCCUCACCGAGGUCAUGGCCGGCGCCCUGGCCACGUUUUACAGCCAUGACAGCCAGCGCCACGCAGAAUUUUCCGCGUCCGACGCAAUGCACACAAUCGAGCUCGUCAAGUCUGUGGCGCUGCAGCUACGGGCGUGGGCGACAGGCCUGCCGGCGUGCUUGCGUAUGGAGGCUGUGAGACCGCGGAAGCUGUGCUCAAACGGGUACCUGCACCUGUCGUACUUUGUUACUGAGAUUAUGAUCUACCGGUGCAUCGUGCGCAGCCUGGCCAGAUCACCUCCACAAAGGACAGAUAAUGUAUCCGGAAACGCCGCCCUCCUCCUACUUUGCCGCGAGGCCGCGAAAACGCGCCUUCUGCACGUCAUGCGCUUUGUUGAGGGCCUGCGGCCCGAGCACCUACAGGCGUUUUGGUGGUUCGCGUCGGCCAAGUCGCUGGCGUACAUCCGCACAUAUGUAUCGAUCCUGUGGGCGACGAGCUCAGGGGAUGCUGAGGCCGAGUUCUACCGCCAGAAGCUGGAUGAGUUCCGGUGGAGCCUGCGCGUGCGGGCGCGCGGCGUGGCAUUUGUGACAGCGGCGCUGCGCGAGAUGGGCGAGAGCCUCGAGGAUAUUGACAUGAGCCGGUCACCGUUUGUGCAGAGGCUAGCGGCAGAAAGAGCAGCGAGGUCCAUGCAGAUGCAGGUGCGGAUACCGUCAAUGGGAGACACAAUGGACGCAGUGGGUAGUACAGAGGUGACACACGCGGUGGAGUCCAUGCCUGUCGGUGGUACGGUCGCCGAUACAUUGGCUGCCGUCGCCGUAGAUCCUCUCUUGGCCGAUGGCAACGACCUGGACGAUAUGGCCCUACAGACGACGCCCGAGUUCCUAGCUGACUUUGGCGUGUCAGCCAGCGAGACUCUAUUUGCUGACAUCAAGAGCUUGCACCUGCAACUGUACCCGAUGGAUGAUGCGCAUGCGCUGCUCUAG